AUGAAGUUACUACUCCCAGCCUUCCUGCCACUACUAGGCAUUACCAGUGGACUUGUCUCUGCAGUCCCAGUCGGUGACUCACAAAAGGAAUUUUCGCGAAUUUCCUGCCAAAAAGGCGACAUUGAUUCCUGUCCGUCAAAUACAAUUGUCGUCUCCAGCAAUCCUUCGCAUAGAAACUCCACACACUUCUCCUCUAUCCAGUCCGCCAUUCUUUCGCUUCCGCAUGAUAAUUCAUCAGCGACAAUUCUCAUUCGUGCCGGAAAUUAUACCGAGCAACUCAACGUGACUCGCCCUGGGCCGCUCACCUUGCUAGGUGAAACUUCGAGUCCUCUCGACGAAACCAAGAAUGAGGUGAAUGUGUUUUGGAGCGCGGCAAAUAACAAUACCUAUCUUGAUAACGCGUUCACGAGUGUCCUGACUGUGGCGCCGACGCAAAAUGCUUCUUUGACAGGGGCUGGUACGACCGGGUGGCCAGUUCCAGCAGAUACGCCUUUUGGAAAUACCGAUUUCAGGGUUUAUAAUAUUGAUUUCCGCAAUAUCUUUUCCGAGUAUUCUGCAGGGCCGGCUCUGGCAGUAAGCGUCAGUUAUGCAAAUUCGGGGUUCUAUUACUCGGGUUUUUACUCCUAUCAGGAUACGGUAUAUGUAGGAAAGCUCGGUAACUCAUACUUUUAUUCAUCCAUCGUUGCCGGCCAGACGGAUUUCUUGUACGGUUUCGGCACAGCCUGGUUCCAGUCUAGCCAUCUACAGCUACGCUCUUGCGGUGGCGGAGUCACUGCCUGGAAAGGGACCAAUACAACAUAUGUGAAUAAAUUUGGUGUAUACAUUGUUGACUCCGACAUUAAAGCCGCAAACUCGUCCAUUGUAUCUUCCAUUGAAGGGAAGUGCGCGCUGGGUAGGCCGUGGAACUCUCAACAUCGCUCUAUAUUUGCUCGUACAUACGAGGAUGCAAGUAUUAUAAGCAGUGGAUACAUCGACUGGAUUGUUGAUGGGGUCGGACGCUAUGAAGAUGGGAUCACGCUGCAGGCUGAAUUUGACACAUUUGGGCCUGGGUGGAAUAAGUCAGGUAGAGCGGCUGGUGAUGUCGAUACGAUCAUGACCAAGACUCAGUGGGGGGAUUAUGAUGCGCCAGAGAAGGUGUUUCAAUACGGUUAUGAGGAUGGGAGGUUUGGAAAUACAGGAUGGAUUGAUCACAAGCCUUGGCUUUAG